AUGACUCCAAUUGAGAUGGAUACUACUCAAAAUGAUAUGCAAGUUGCUCCUACUGAUGUUGAAUCUAGUAGUGCAGGGGAUUUUAUUCAAUAUGUGCAAUUCACUCCACCUAGAAGUUAUGAAGGUGAUGAGGGUGUUAUGGGUGAGGAAGCUGAUGUGGUUGAGGAAGCUGUUGUGGUUGAGCAAGUUGUUCAAGAUGAGGAGGUUGAGGAGGUUGAUGAGGUUAAUCAUAAUGCCCAAGUGGAUAAUGGUAAUGUUCAGGAGGUUUCUCCUGUUAACCAAGUUCAGCAGGUUUGUGUUAGGCCAAUUUCAGAUAUUUUGAAGAGGAUAAGGAGAAGAAAGUUAGAGAGAAUACUAAAGCUGAAAUUAGGCAAAACAAUUGGUGGUGUUGAUGAUCCAGGAAAUUCGAAGGGAAAAGCUCUUUUAAUUGAUUAG